GGCAGGCAUUCUUUUGCUUCAACUGCAACCCCUUCUCUGCCUCUUUCUCUGUUUCCUUCUCCAUCUGUUUUAAUACUCAAACACACACUCUCUCUCUCUCUCUGGCAUAUUUGAGAAGAAUUUAUGGAUUCAAGGGACAACAGGUAAUAGAAUUCUAUGGCUUUCAACUGCCAAUCCCUCUGAUUUGCGGUUAAGAAUCCUCAUUGCUGAGACAGAUUGAUGUGAUAGCUUACAAUGGAGUUAAUCAAGCUAAAAAUGGAAGUGGACAAUGAGAACAUAGAACCUGGGACUGAUUUAGGACUUGCUCUGGGAUAUUCGAAUCAGUGCAUUCAGAGAAUAUUGCACAGUGAUUCAGGUGCAGGUGCAAAUGCAGGUUCAACGAUACACAUGACAUUUGUGGCCGCUGAGCCCCUGUCAGAAUUAGUUUGGUCUAAAGACAAAGGUCCAAGCAAUGUCACUCUUUCACCACCACAAAGCAAUACAGGCGGGAGGUCUUCUACUGACAAGCCUAUUGAUGAAGAUAAUUUUGUAACACCACAAACGUCAUCGCAUUUAAAGAGUGAAGCUGCCUGUAAAGAUAUGACGAUGUCUCCCACAAGCGAUGCUGGCAUCAUGCCUGCAUGUGGGUCGAGUCGUGAACAUGAGACGGGAACUGGUGGUAAUGUGGAGGACGUUAAAGCAGCAGUGGAAGUAUCUGUUCCAUAUAAUCAGGAGGGAAUUUGCACUCCAGUCAAUUUCCAAGUAGAUGAAAUACCUGAGACCAGAGAAAAAGAUUUUCCAACAUUGUCAGGUAAUGUUGACAGAGAAGGGGCUGAUAUCUUGUUAAUUGAAUCAGAUCAAAUACUACCUUUUGUGGAACAAAAUGAACCAUUAUUGGGGGAUCCUGUUGGUGGAGAUAGACAUGCUGAUGUUGGCAAUCAGAAAAUGGAAAUGGAUCUUGUUUCGACCUCUCAAGUUCACCCAGUGAAUGAAAGUAAAGCUUCGGGUUCUCCAGUGGAGAAUCAAAAGCCCCAAGGCAGAAGGCCUUUGGAAAAAAUGGAGGUAACUGCUGAGAAUGAUUUACAAAAUCUCAAAAGUGAACAUGCUUAUGGUGCAGAGAGUCAGAUUUUAGGAUUAGAAUCUUCCCCAGGGGUUAAAGACAGGUUUGAGCAGGAUGUGGAAAUGCUUCCUGGAAACAAAUCUGUUCUGGUUAAAGACUCUCCAACUAACAGUAAAAUCCAAAAAUAUCGAAGGAAAGGCAAAGAAAAAGCAUUAUCAGAUGGAGAUCUUAAUGGAAGAAUGUCAGAAGAUGAGGAUGAUAGCCAUGAGAGUGUUGAGAGCUGUAAUUGUACAGGGUUGUUUUCAUUAGGAAAGAAGAGAUGGAACUUUGAAGACGAGUUCAUUGUUGGGAGUAAAAGAUUCAGAAAGCAAAUUCAAGAAAUGCCGGCUUGCAUAUCCUAUAUUAGACAAGAUAGCUCCUUCAUGAAUUGGAUGUCCAGCAUGGUGAAGGGGUAUUCAAAAUCAAUGCAAGAUGAGGCACCUUCUCUUGCUCUUACACUUGCACAUCCUGAUCAUGGACAUGGGCAUUCUGAUAAGAAGCUUAUCACAUGCAACAAGAACCAAAAUGCUGGAUUAAAAAAUAUCGGUUUCCAGUCAAUUUUUCAGUCCUUGUAUUGCCCAAAGGCAGAGCAGCAAGAAGCAAGGAUGUUGAAUGACAAUCAUCAAAUAGGAGAAAUAUCAGCAGAACUUGAGUCAAAUACCACUCCAAAAGCCUUUCAUGGGGAGAAAAUUAAUUUAAGCAGAAAAUCUUCAUCUGGAAAUGAAGUACGUUCAGCAGCCCGAUCUAAGAGUUCAUCUGAAAAAGCAGCAGGUAUUCAGGAGAAAGGCAACACUAACUCUGCAGAGGAAAAGAAUCCAUGCAACUUUCGGUUUCAUAAAAAGAAAGACAGAGCUAGCUCUAACUCUUCUCUGGGUAAACGCAAGAAAAAGAGUGUAGAGGAUGUUGAAUCUAGCCCACAAGCUGAAGGGAAGACAACUGAUAAAUUUGGUCGUAGAACUGCCCUUCUGGAAAGCUUGUGGAUAACUCGAUUUACUCAAAAAACACCUGCUCCAUCAUCAAUCUUAAAUCGUUACAUACAGAGUACUGAUGGAGUUCUUGAGUGCUCCGAUGACCGCAAAAAUGUGGGGAACAAGGAGCAGUCUGCUGAAGAUUUAGUUAUUGUCAUUCGUAAUGAUCCUCAGAAUUGUGCAGCUGACAAUGAGGGUUCAUCUUCUUUCAAUAAUAAAGGCCAGAAUGAUCAAAAGUCCAUGUCCAAAUUCAACCCUAUCUUUCCUUCCCCUAAAUUCAGAGGUUCGGAAGCAAUGGCUUCAUCUUUUGCUAGGAGAUUGGAUGCUCUUAAGCACAUCACCCCAUCUGGUGCAACAGGUAAUGCCGCCUAUGGAAACAUGACCUGUUUCUUUUGUGGCAGAAAAGGUCACCAUUUACGAGAGUGUUCAGAGAUAAAAGACACUGAACUUCAGGAAUUACUCAGUAAAUGCAAGUCCUAUAUUGGAGCUGAACAUUUUCCUUCGUUCUGCAUUAGAUGUUCUCAAUGCAGUCAUUGGGCCGUGGCAUGUCCUAAUGCGCCCUCAAUGGGAGAAUCUCAAUUGGAUUGUAAUGUUUCUUGUUUAGAUUAUUACUGCAGUCAGGGUGAAACGAAGCCCAAUUCAAUAAAUGAUGUGAAGCUCCUAACUGGUAAGGAGAGUGAAUUUCAAGCUUCUAUUGCUCAUACAUUAUUUGAUGAGGAUGACUCAAGAAUAGAGGCAGAUCUUAAUUUGAGCUGGAAGACGAAUAAGAUGAUAGUCUCGAAGAAAAUGAGAUCUCAUCCAAAUUCAAUUAAGGAAUAUAGUUCUUCAAGCCCUGGGGAAAAUAAGUUAAUGCCCUUGUCAAAGUUUGUCGAUGCACAGAUUUCAGAUGUACCGAAAGGAAUCUUUGACUCUGUAAGAAGGCUUCGCUUGUCUCGCACAGAUGUCGUGAAAUGGAUGAAUUCCCAUACGUCACUCUCACAACUCGAGGGGUUUUUCCUGCGCCUGCGGCUUGGGAAGUGGGAAGAAGGACUUGGGGGAACUGGAUACUAUGUGUCUUGCAUAACUGGUUCUCAGAGAGAGACUUGUCCACAGAAUGUGGACUCUAUAGCUGUUGUUGUUGGGGGAAUCAAAUGUUUGGUCAAGAGCCAAUAUGUGUCAAACCAUGAUUUCCUUGAGGAUGAGCUGAAGGCAUGGUGGUCUGCGACCUCAAAGGGCAAUGGCAAGCUUCCAUCUGAAGAAGAUUUGAGAGAACAAGUGAAGAGAAAAACAAUGUUAGGCUUGUAGUUUUAGGCAUUUAUUCAUUCCUGGCCUGCCUUUGAAUUUUGUUAUGCAAAAUGAAGAGUGGGGAGGGGGGUGGUUCUGCUAGACGUCAUAAGUACAUGAUUUUUCUGAAAUUUUUUUCGUUGGAUAUUUUUUGUGCACAUGAAGGGCUAUCUGCAGCUGAAUCUAGGAAUUGUAGUCAACUAAAGAUUAUAUACGAAAGAUUUAAAGGGUUUUUUUU